UCCUUGUGUUCUGAUCAUCUCCUCAAAAUUUGUACUUUUUCUUCUAUUCUAAAAUUUCCCUUCAAAAUCAGUAAUUCUAUUUCGGUUGUUCUUCUACUGAUUGUGAUCUUUGAGGUGCGUUUCUCCAUCAAUGGAAUUCCAUUGACCGAGACAACAAAGAAAUUGGCGAGCUCUUGGGUUGUUUCUGAACUUUUCUUUCUUGUCCGGAGAUUCAUCUUCUGGUCCGAUCAUGGCUGUUGCUGAGGAUGCUGGUGUUAAAGUGGAUUCUUCUGGCCAGAAUUUGGAGAACAACACUGUCUCAUCAGUGGACGCGAAGCCGCCAUGUCCUGAUUCUCAGAACCCUAAAUCUGAUUCCUCUGUUGAGACGCCGAAUCCAACCAAGGAAUCAAUUCCAGAUAACGAUGAUCAGGAAGUCUACAUCAAUGGCACUCACCAGAUUGGUCAGACGCCAACUGGGUUUAAGGAGAAUGGGUUUGGAUCGAAACCCAAAAACGGUGCGAGGGAAGACGGUGAAGAGAAUCUAAAGAGUGAGAUAGGAAAUUUGGAUGAGGCGUUAUCUAAGUUGAACCCUAUGGCCGAAGAAUUUGUCCCUCCUUCAUUGGCUCGUGGCCAAUCUGGGGUAUUGGGCAAUGGAUUAGGGUUUACUAACAAUUUUGCAGGAGAAGCUAAUUCUGCUGAUGGAAACGGCCAUCUUGCUGGAAGGAGAAGGAACUAUGGCCAGGGUAAGCGUAGAAUGAACAAAAGGACAAGCUUGGCUCAGAGGGAAGAGAUAAUUAGGAGAACUGUAUAUGUAUCCGACAUCGAUCAACAGGUCACCGAAGAGCAGCUUGCGGUUCUCUUUCUCAACUGUGGACAGGUUGUCGAUUGUCGUAUAUGUGGUGAUCCUAACUCCGUUCUCCGAUUUGCUUUUGUUGAAUUCACUGAUGAAGAGGGUGCUAGGGCUUCUCUGAGCUUGUCGGGCACUAUGCUUGGUUUUUACCCUGUUAAGGUGCUUCCCUCCAAAACAGCUAUUGCGCCAGUUAACCCCACAUUCCUUCCUAGGUCUGACGACGAGCGAGAGAUGUGCUCUAGGACUGUCUACUGUACUAACAUUGAGAAGAAGAUCACUCAUUCGGACUUGAAGCUUUUCUUUGAAUCGAUUUGUGGGGAGGUUCAACGCCUGAGGCUACUGGGAGAUUAUCACCACCAGACCCGCAUUGCUUUUGUUGAGUUUACGCUGGCUGAAAGUGCAAUUGCUGCACUCAACUGCAGUGGUGUCAUCUUGGGCGGGCUCCCCGUAAGGGUGAGCCCGUCCAAGACGCCGGUGAGGUCGCGCCUUCCCCGCCCACAUUUCAACUGAGAGAGAGAGAGAGAGAGAGAGAGAGAGAGAUUAUGUAUACAGCUGCUGUGCUUUCCUUUGAGGAGGCGUUUUUUUUCCUGUUCAUAUCAUUUUGUUUGUAUGGGUGGGGUUGCCCAGUAGUGUCUUUGAGAACCACUCUCUUAUGUUUCUUCUCUUCUUCUUUAGAUGACUUUUUUCCCUUAUAGAGACGGGAAUUUUCUUUCGGAAUUUUAUUUUUAUUAUCCCUUUUCAAUGUUUCAUGGAUUAUUUAAGACCCCUUUACUACAAAUCUUCAACA